AUGGCUGUGCGCAGCGCCAGCGCCUUGACGCCCUUCUCCAUCCAGGCGAUCCUCAACAAGAAGGAGGAGCGCGGCGGGCUGCCUGCGCCCGAGGGGCGCCGGGCACCGGGGGGCACAGAAGCGGCGGUGGCCGCGGCGCCCGCCGUCUGCUGCUGGCGGCUCUUCGGGGAGCCGGACGCGGGCGCUCUGGGGGCCGCCGAGGACUCUCUGCUGGCGUCUCCCGCCCUGCCCAGAACGGUGGUGGGGCAGACCGCGGAGGGCGCCGGAGGCUGGGACUCGGACUCAGCGCUGAGCGAGGAGAACGAGGGCAGGAGGCGCUGCGCCGACGUUCCGGGGGCCAGCGGAACCGGCCGCGCCAGGAUGACCCUGGGCCUGGACCCGCCGAUCUGCCAGAUGCACGCCGCCAAGGACUUGGAGGAGGAAGCCCCGGUGCGCAGCGACAGCGAGAUGUCAGCGAGCGUUUCAGGCGACCACAGCCCACGAGCCGAGGAAGAGCGCGGUAGUCCCGGGGGCGCGCACGUGCCAGGGCUGUGCGGCGCGGCGGGCGGCGGGGCCGGCGGCGGGCAGGCGGGCGGCUUGGAGGAGGACGAGGAGCCCGCAGCCCCCAAGCCGCGGAAGAAGCGCUCCCGGGCCGCCUUCUCGCACGCCCAGGUCUUCGAGCUGGAGCGCCGUUUUAACCACCAGCGCUACCUGUCCGGGCCCGAGCGAGCCGACUUGGCAGCGUCGCUCAAGCUCACCGAGACGCAGGUGAAGAUCUGGUUUCAGAACCGCCGCUACAAAACCAAACGCCGGCAGAUGGCCGCCGACCUGCUCGCCUCGGCGCCCGCCGCCAAGAAGGUGGCCGUGAAGGUGCUGGUGCGUGACGACCAGAGACAGUACCUGCCGGGAGAGGUGCUGAGGCCACCUUCUCUCCUGCCGCUGCAGCCCUCCUACUACUACCCGUACUACUGCCUCCCCGGCUGGGCGCUGUCCACGUGCGCGGCCGCCGCGGGGACUCAGUGACCCGCUCCGGGCCAGGCGGCCAGCGCCCCCUGCACCGCCGCGCACGGCUGCGGAGCCCGGCUCUGCCCAGCUGGGGAGCGGAGCAGGUGGAGAACGGAAUCCCAUCCGGGGGAACGGGGCGGCGGGACCGAGCCUGCCCCGAGAGGGCGCCUUAUCCUGAUUUGAACAGCCGCGCCCCAUAACCCCGGGCGCUCGGCACCCCCGCCGCCUCUCUGCCUUGCAAGCCUCGGGACGCUGUUUCUUGUCGCAGCGACGACGUCGGGAUUGAAUUCUGUCUGCCUGGGGGAUGGUGUUCGCCCAGAGCCCGGAGGACUCCUGGAGGCCCUGGAGCCUGAAUCCUCAGAAUCUCGGGUCGGCCGGGCGCGUCCGGCGCUGGGUCACUCUAGUUCAUGGUAUCCAUGCUACCGAUCUGUAUCUGCGUAUCUUUAAUAUUUGGAAAUUACGUUUGUGACAAAGGAGUGCAGACCCCUUUCAGUCCCAGGUCAGGAGUUGAAAUGAACCUCCAAGGGUUUGAUUUUUGGUGACCUCCAACUCCAGCCCUCGCGGGGCACGCUCCUGGAUGCUGAAUGUAAGAAUGGGAGCCUUUCAGUGAAGUGCAGACCAGGGAUUCCCUAUACUUUCCCUUUCUACAAAUUCAGGGCCACACCCAAAGGGAAAGUGCCUGGGAGACUCGUAAAGAGGGCCCGUCAGCGUCAAAGCCCCCCUUCAAAAACCUGUCUUUGUUUCUUUUUUAUUUUUUUCAAGAAGGUUGAGACUUGUAGCACUUUUCGGUUGUUUGUAUUCAAAUAACGAUUAUUUUCGUACUCAAUGUGAAUAUCCCUGGCCUGCAUUUCCGCAUCUUCCUCCGCCUUCUCCUGUCCCUCUGUGGUUUCAAGCCCCACACCCUCUGUGCCUCGCUUGUUUCUGAGACUGUCUCCUCAGCCUCGCAGCUUUUUGCCUCUUUAAAGGCACCGUGCACUCAACUAGAGUUAUCUUUAAAAGAUUUGUGAAUUUUGGAAGCUCUACUCGCUGUAAUGUUUUUUUCCUUUAAUUUAUAAACUUUUAGUUCAAU